AUGGGCUGCUGGAAAAAUAAGGAAAGCGACACCUGGACUUUUCCCACCCUGAUCCUCUGCCUCUAUGGAUUCUUCUACAUGAUGAAGCCAUCAGAGCCUUUUCUAACCCCUUACCUAACUGGAUCAGAUAAAAACCUGACAAUAGAUGAGGUUACCAACCAGGUUUUCCCAGUGUGGACAUACUCCUACCUCGCGCUCCUCGUCCCCGUCUUCCUGAUCACUGACUACGUGCGCUACAAGCCCAUCCUCCUCCUCCAGGGCAUCAGCUUCAUUGUCACGUGGCUCCUGCUCCUCUUUGCACCCGGGCUGGUGGCCAUGCAGGCGAUGGAAUUCUUCUACGGGAUGGUGACAGCCACUGAGGUUGCCUACUACGCCUACAUCUACAGCGUCGUCAGCACUGAUCACUAUCAGAGAGUGACGAGCUAUUGCAGGAGUAUCACUCUCAUUGCAGCCACCCUUGCUGCCGUGCUGGGACAGCUCCUGGUUUCCUUAGCAGACGUAUCCUACUUUCACCUCAAUGCCAUUACUCUGGCUUCCGUGUCCCUGGCCUUCGUGUGCUCCUUUCUCCUCCCAAUGCCUCAAAAGAGCAUGUUCUUCCAUAGGAAAGGCAGCUCAGAAACCCUCCCACAACCAGACAGAGUUGUGGCUGGGCUCAGUUCCAACGCGUCAUUGAGCUGCCAAGAGGACCGGGACUGUGCAGCUGCUGACACGGGACCGAACCCAGCGCAGCAGGCUCAGCAGCCCGAGCCCCAGCACCACGUGCUGAGAGUCCUGGUGCAGCUGGGCAAGGACCUGAAGGAUUGCUACAGCUCUAGGAAGCUUCUUUACUGGUCCCUGUGGUGGGCUUUGGCUACUGCAGGCUUUAACCAAGUUGUGAACUACAUCCAAGUGCUGUGGGAUUUCCGAGCUCCAUCUCACAGCUCUGCAGUGUACAAUGGAGCUGUUGAAGCAGUGGCAACAUUCCUGAGCUCAGUAGCAUCUUUCAUAGUAGCAUAUAUGAAAAUGAACUGGGACCUGCUUGGAGAACUGGCAUUAGGAAUCUUCUCCACAGUAGAUGCUGUUUCUUUAUUUCUCAUGCACUUUACUACCAAUAUCUGGGUGUGCUAUGCCAGCUACCUCAUUUUCAAGGCAAGCUAUAUGCUCCUUAUAACAAUAGCAACGUUCCAGAUCGCAGUCAACCUGAGCAUGGAGCGCUAUGCUUUGAUGUUUGGACUGAACAACUUCAUUGCACUGGUGAUUCAGACCAUCCUUACAGUAGUUGCUGUGGACUCAAAAGGCCUGGGACUGGACAUCGUGACUCAAAUGAAUAAUGCCUUGCUACCCGUGGUUUGGUCAUUCAAUCUGGCGUGGGAUAUCCUCUCCCACAUCAAUGUCCAUAACUUCAAUCAGACUAAUUCCAUUCACGACAGUCAGUUGAAACUUACCAACUUCAGCAUUUUCUCAUUUGGCAUCCGAGAAGCUGAGGCAACUUCCUGCUCCCAUGGAUUUGAAGAAAAUUAA